GUUUUUCUUCUUCCAAACCAUCAAAAUUAGCAUACUUUUAUCAGAAACCUUGUAGGCAUCAURGCAUCUGUUUCAAAUGGAUUUACUUUUCAUCCCUCGCCUGAGAAUUACGAAGAGUUGUACAACUGGUGUUGCAUGGAGGUUAACAUGGAUAAGGUUGUUGUAAGUCUGUCCAACUCYUUCGACCGUAAACCACUUCAAGAAGACUUGGAGAAAAAAACAGAGCAAACGUGGCAAGAAAGACUUCAACGUUGCCCACUUCUUUACAAUGGAACCAAAUUUAGGCUAAAAGAUAUUGCAUUAAAUAAUGGUAAUCUUGUUUUGAAAGUUGGAAUGACUUGUUAUCGUGAUUUCAUAUGCACAAAUAUGUGUGCUGAACUAAGAGAAACUAUACGGUCAUGGGGAACUAAGAUGUACGACGAUCCACGUGCUUGUUUUGCUGAUCCUAUUGGUGCAAAUGGACUUGUGAUAUCACGUGAUGAUGAAGCUAUAUUUAUCAAAAGAAGUCAAAAGGUUUAUGAGUUUGCAGGAUUGUUUCAUACACCUGGGGGUCACCCUGAACCAAGUGAAUUAAAGAAUGAAAAAGGUGAAGUUCUUGACCUCAUGGAUAUGGAUCCAAAGAAAGUUGCCUUUGAAAUUUUCCACUGCAUAGCCAAGGAAGUGCGGGAUGAGGUUAAUUUACCUCUUGAAUCACUAAGCUGGCCAGUUCUCUUAGGUAUCAUUAGAAAUCCAAAGUCCAGUGGGCGACCAGAGAUUUGCUUUCUUAUAAGAUGUUCUCUUUCAAGCAAAGAAAUCAAGACACUCUAUGACYAUGGUGGACCAGAAGCAUAUGAAUCCACUGAAAUAGCUUUUAUUAAAAUGUCUGAGAUACAACAAAACACUCCCUCGGGUGAAGCAGCAAAAUUUUUAGAUUCACUAGCACUGUCAGCAAAAGCAGCUCUUCAUUUGUAUAUUAACCAAAAGAAUUGUCAACAUAAAWACGCAGCAAAGAAGRAGUCAGGAAACUGAAAUUUGCUCUCACAAGGUUUAUUAGAAGCAGAAUGAAUCAAUGUAAAAUGAUGCAAUACAACCAAACAAKAUUCCCAGGCAGGAUGAACUGAGAACAACAAAUGUGGGGAUGACAUUGUCUGGCUCUCCUGUGUCUGCAACUAUUACAGCAAACUCUGCUGUCAGGUCACAAAAGCUGAGGAACAUAGCAUGCAGAUAUUUAAAAAAUAAGCAAAAGUGAUAAGUAAUUCAAAGAAGAAAGUAAGGAAUCCUAUUCAAUUUGAGAUUAAAAUCUCUCAUAUAAUUUGUGAAUUAAAUAAUGCCUUAGCAUUUGCCACCUUAUAGCAGACAAUGACAUAUACUUAGGGUAAAGAAUAUAUUUGAUAUACUGCAAGAAGUAAAUUGUAUUUAUUAAUUUAUGGGCAACUGUAAAUAAAUUAUUUAUAAUAAACAAAAGUGUGAAUGCACCUAACCUGGUGUUUGGAUCAACAACUCUCAGUUUAAAUGCAUAGAUUCCUUUAUCAUGCCAUACCAGUGAUGAACCCCCAGUGCUGUUCAGGAUUUCAUAU